CCCUGCCAGAUCCUUCGCCCCUGUUAUAUUCAAGAGGAAAUUCAUGAACCAAUGGGUGUAUGAAGUUGGUGUCAUGAUCUGUGGUGUUAUGGGCGCUAUCAUGUACGACUUCAUGCUCUUCGCCCUUAUGUGUGGCCUGACUGAGAGGCUAGCCACCCUGAAAGGCAGCCGGCCCUUGGAGGUGAACCAGCAGGACACCUGCGGUGAGCCAUCAACCUCAACACCCAGGUCCUAUACGCCUGCUGCCCAGCCAGGGGAAGCAAGAGCCAGUCAGAAUGCAUCGUUCCUCGUUGCGUGGUCUCCAUCUUGGCAUGGCCACGGCCACCACGGUGGAGGUCUUCCUGAUCAUGCAGCUGAUCAUCUGCAUCUUCUCUGUGAUGGAAGAACGGAUGCAUGGGUUCCGCUCCCAUGGCCAUUGGCUUCUGUCACCGUGGCAAACCCCAUGAUGAUGUUCCACAAUGGAGCUGAAAUCAACCCUGACAGAUCCAUUACCACUGCUCUGUUCCAAGAGGAAUUUCAUGAACAGCUAGAUUCCGAAGAUGUACUUGCCUCGUCUGCGACUGGCAACAUACUAGAGGAGUCUGUCUUGGCUCCAGCUCAGACAUCUUCAGCUCGGUCAUCCACACAAAUCCUUGUCAUCCACGCCGUCUGGAUCUUCUGGAGCUGCGCAAAAUGGAAGAGGAAAACGGAAGUUGAAAGCAACAUUAUGGCUGAGUACAAGGAGUCGCACAGGCUUUUCAUGCUGCAAAGCCUGGAGGAGGCAGAGCGUGACAGGCGGAGAAGAGACACCACACGCACAUGUUGGCACACAAGAAAAAGCUGCACGAUGACAAGACAUGACUCAAGCUCGCAACAGUGGUCAACGUGACCGUUCCAAAGGCAUUGUCUGGGAUGUCCAUAUAAGAUGUGGAUGUGCUCAUGUGAAGAUUCCUAAGCAAACCAAAAGUCCUGGCGACCCACAAGGUACCAAACUGUAUCGGGAUGUACGACAGCUCAACGUCCCCAGUAGAGGAACAAGUUAUCAGAAACCAGCUCUCCUGAUGGAUGCGAUCUUCCCAUGUCGCGCCAUGCCAAGAUCGAGUGGGAGGUGUUGCAGUGGUCCAUGCCUGGGCACGGGCUUGCUUUGAUUGACAGCCUCCAUCGUUUCUGGCUGUGCUGGGCAUAGUCACCACGGUGGAGGUCUCCCUGACCAUGCGGUUGGUCAUCUGCAUCUGAGGGGAGGAGGAACGGAUGCAUGGGUUCCGCUCCCAUGGCCAUUGGCUUCUGUCACCAUGGCACAAUUCAUGAGUUUGUGAUAUGAGAAUGUUCUACACUGGAGCUGAAAUGAACCCUGCCAGAUCCUUCACCCUGCUAUGUUCAAGAGGAACUUCAUGAACCACUGGGUGUUCUUGGCAGGUCCCAUAAUCUGUGGUGCUCUGGGCGUCGUCAUGUACAAUUUCAAGCUCUCCCCCAGCAUUUGUGGCCUGGCCGAGAGGGUAGCCACCCUUAAAGGCAGCUGACCUCUGGAGCAGGACAUUUGCGGGGACCCCAUCAAGCUCAAGACCGAGGCCCUAUACCGUAAGCCUGCCACCAAGCCAGGGGAAGCAGGGGCCAUCCAGAAUUGUUAUAGUAGCCCCCUACCAGCAACCCAGCCCUCCUCCUCCCAGCAACCCAGCCCUCCUAUGACCUACGAACAAACCAACUAACACAAUCAAGACAGCCCUUGCACAUCAGUGCUACGGGGGUCACAGAGCCACUAACAUUCAGACUAACAGCACUGACAUAGACAAAGGCAUAAAUACACACAGUGUCACAAUCUACACUCAUUACAGGGCUGACCUAGAACAGUCAACUUGGACAUACAUGUUUUUUCAUUACAUUUGAUUACCGGUCUGAUCUCAAAAGUUUUGUUUUUGAUUUCAUUUCUUCUGUUUUCUACAAUACAAGGUGUGUGUGUGUGUGUGUGUCUGUCUG